ACAGCGUUUGCAGCACUUAGCUACUAGCAAGUGUGCACUACACUGUCAAUUGGAACACAGUCCUCCUGGGUGGUCUCCAAGGAAACAGUUUGUGCUUCUCUCUACUGCUCCACCCAAAGUGGAACUACAACUCUUUGACCUGCUGUUUCACAUUUAAACAUUUAUGUUUAGACGUAAAACUUUUAUUUAUUUAUUUUAUUCGAGCUGCAUGGCUGAAAGUCUCUGCUGGUGGUUCGGUAAAUGUGCAUCAGAGAGCCGGAGCUGAGAAGUGGUCAAUUGCUAUCAGCUCUUCCUUUUAUCCCUAAACCUCGCACCAUGCCAAGUCAGAUCUCCCCAACUUCUCCUUCCUGGAGUACCUCAGUCCCCGCUCAGCCUUUCCACUUUCGUCUCCGUACCGAGCCGAUUGACUGGCGCCGUAUGGCAGCACUGGACGUGGACCGUGUGGAGAGAGAAACAGACAUAAACAUGCUGCAGGAGUUCAUCAGUGCUGUGACUUUCUGUACCGUGGAGGGCGAACGGUGUCCGCAGUGCCGCUGUCCAAUUGACACGACGCUGCUCAAAAUCCUGCACAUGUCACAGCUCAGCACAGAGUACCUACUGCACUGCCAGGACUAUCUGAGCUCACAGGUGGCAGCGCUGGAGGACCGGCUACAGGGGGCACUGUCUCAGGCACUGCGUGAGCAAGAGGAGCGAGGACAACUCGAGAAAGAACUGCAGGAAGUCAAGCUGGAGAGCCGGCGCAGGAAGAAGCUCAUCGCCACUCAACAGCUCCUUCUGCAGUCCAGUGCCAAUAAUUACCACAAGUGCCAGUUCUGCGAAAAGUGUUUCGUCAAUUACUCUUACUUGCAGUCUCAUGUUCAGCGCAGACACCCGGAAAUCACUGAUGCAGAGAGACAGAAGAAGAUGCAGGUGGAGGAGAUGAAGGAUGGGUUGGAGGAGCUGAAGGAGAAACUGAGACUGACUCAGAGUCAACUCGAAGCAGAGAGAGAGGCAGAUGCAUAUCGGAGACAGCAGGAGAUGGAGGAGCAGCGGAAAAGAGAGGCAUCAGAACGGGUGAUGAUUGAGAGAUGCAAAGAGGAGGAGAAGAAGACCUUUCAGGAUGAAAUUGAUGGCCUGAGACGGCUUCUUCACCAUGAGUUUGAGCAAAUCAAAACUAAGAGCAUCUCCAUAGAGGCCAAACUGCAUGAACUAGAAAACGGAGAGAGAAAAGUGUCUCAUCUAAGAAGUGAGGAUGACUUUGAAAAAGAACACUGGAGGAUCAGAGAGAGCGAGCUGAAGGAACAGAUGAUUCAAAAGAAAAAUGAAUGGAAGAAGAAAAUGAAUGAGCUGCAGAGCAGUCACCAUCAAGAGAAAGAGGAGCUGAAAAGUGAAAAUAUGAGACUGCAGAAGGCCUUGUCUGUGGAGGAAAGCACCAUUUCUAGCGUGCACUUGCUGAAGCAGCAGGUUCUCGCUCUCUCCUCUCAGCUCAAAGAAAGAGAAGCACUCAUCCACUCCCAAAAAAAGAAGAUAAACCAGCUGAUGUCCAGAUCACUGUCAGAACCACUUCCAAAAAAGGCUACUCAGAAUUCUCCGGAAGAAGACGAAGAUGAUGAAAAGGAAGAGAUUGAAGAAUUAGUGACAGGCCAAGUGGAGCCAGUGAGAGGAAUCUCAGUGCAGAGGAAGAAUUUCAGAUCCAUCGUGAAGAAAAGACUGCAGAAGAGACUGGAGAAGAUGGGACUAAGAAAGGGCACGAAGGGAAUCUCGACGCAGACCCUGAGGAGUCUACUCUAUGAGCGAGGACAGACAUUAAGGAGUCCGUCACAAUUGCAGGAUUUGAGAAACAUCCUUGAAGACCAGCUAAAGCAGAGAGUGCAAGAGGUGCAGAGGAGCCAGGGAAAAUCUACAUCUAACACACACAUGCUGCUGAGAAGUUAUCUCCGUAGUCCAGCCAUGGAACGGAGCCCUAGAUCCAAAAAGUUCGGCCCCAAUAACACCCCACAGAAACGUGAGAUUCCUCAGCCUCCAACAGCUGCACCACGCGCCAAAGCUCCUUCACUCACACCGAUCCUACCAGCACAGCAAAAGAAGAGCAGUACUCCACCCUUCAGCUCAGAAGAGGAGGAAGAUGACGAUGAUGACGAGUCAGGCGAGGACAGCGCCUACAUCACCAGUUCCCGGGAUAAACCGUCUGCCUCUGUCCACCUCACUCCAACAAGAAGACCGCAGAGAGCAGGGCAUGAGCUCAACUCGUCUGACAGUGAUGAUUCAGAUGACUCAGACACACAAAAACCACAACAUGCUUUUAGUACGCAUGGUGCAGUUGUUCAAACACUGACAAGGAGUUUAGAAAAGCAACUGAGCAGCAGCAGCAGCACACAUCCUGUAGGAGGAAUACGAGUGCUGCCUUCGACCUCUCAUCCUUCACCUCGACCCUCCAUUAUCAAACAACAGGCGGUAUCUGAGGAAGAGAGUGAUGUGGACUUGUCCUCUAUCGAGGAGCUCACUGCUCCAAACACGGCCGGGAACAGGAGCUCAGAUGUGGGCGUCACCUCAGGUACUAGCGUAUGGAGCUCAACUGCCAGCAGAGCAGGAGCAUGGUGAAGGGCUUCAAUACUCUUAAGUUACUUACGGUACCAGUCAAAAUUUAGACAAUUGCUCAUUCAUAAUACUGAGCGUGUCCAAACUUUUGACUAGUACUGUACAUGCAUAUGUUGGACUGUGUAUCUUAAUAUGGAAAUGUGACUUAAAUUAAAUUAUAUUUAAGUUACAUUCAAUGUAGUGGCCAUUUUAUGUCGCUUUAGUUUCUGUUACAAACAAUAAAAGAAUAU